CCUUCCUCACAUUGCCAACCACACUAGGAAGAAGGGAUGGCUGAUCUCAUAGUGACAAUGAACAGCACUGGAGAAUCCUUCGGGAGCCCUGAAUCCUGGAAUCCAGAACACACAGAGAAUGCCUCCUUGCCCAACUUUACACUGCCUUUCUCUUUUGGCCAACGGGUGGCUGACCGAGUGCUGAAUGGAAUCCUCAUUGCUGUCCUCUGUAUUGUCAUGGUGUCACUGGGAUGCACCAUGCAGAUCUCUAAGAUCAAGACUCACUUCUGGAACCCUAAAGGGGUGGCCAUUGCUGUGGCGGCCCAAUAUGGCAUAAUGCCUCUGACAGCCUUUGCCCUGGGCAAACUCUUCCAAUUGGGCCCUAUUGAGUGUCUGGUCGUGCUCAUCUGUGGCUGCUGUCCAGGUGGAAACCUGUCAAACAUUUACAGUCUGGCAUCAAAAGGAGAUAUGAACCUCAGUAUUGUGAUGACCACUUGCUCAACACUCCUGGCACUUGGGCUGAUGCCUCUUCUCCUGUAUCUCUACUCAAGAGGGCUGCACCAGGGCAACCUACAUGGCAAAGUCCCUUACAAGGAAAUAGUCAUCUCCUUGGCCAUGAUGCUCAUUCCCUGCACCUUUGGCAUCUUCCUGAACGAGAAGAAGCCACAGUAUACACACAUCAUCAUCAAGGCAGGGAUGAUUGUGUUGCUUGUAUCAUCUGUUCCAAUAAUCGUUCUGUUUGUGACAACUGUUGGAAACAGUAUUUUGAUCAUCUUCUCACCAUCCCUCCUGGGAACUGCUGCCUUGAUGCCUUUUAUUGGUUUCCUGCUUGGCUACGUGCUAUCUUCAUUCUUCAAGCUCAGUGACAGGUGCAAGCGGACAGUCUGCAUGGAGACUGGUUGCCAAAAUGUGCUGCUCUGCUCUACCAUCCUCAAGGUGGCCUUUGCCCCUGAUGUUAUUGGACCCCUUUUCUUCUUUCCAUACCUCUACAUGGUAUUCCAGCUUGGAGAAGGCAUUCUCCUGAUACUAGCCUUCAGGAUUCAUGAAAAGAUAAAGAACCCAAAUGGCAAGUGUAGUGUAACCAAAACCUCUCUCCAGUUCCUACACACUUUUCAAAGUAGUGUAUAAAGCAUCUACUGGUAUCACCCACCAUGAACUGCUGCUGUGUCUGAGGUGGAAAUCAGUUGCUAUAUAAACAGCACACAGCAAAACUAAACAACAGCUAGAAGUGAAGAAUAGUCUCUCCAGUUGCUACUGCAUAGGGAAUUGAGGAUACUAUACUAGGGACCACAACUUCAGGUAUCAAAAGUUCAGGUGUGAGAGUUACAGAUUGCAACCUACCAAAUGGUCACAGCUUUCCAGACAAUCCUGUGCUUCAGUGCACAAGCACAUUCCAAAAGCAGGGAUCUGUUCUGACACCUCUCAGAGACAAUGGGUAUCAAAACUCAGAGAGAACACAUCCUGGGUAUCACUGCAUGCUGUAAGGGAAAGGAAUGCCCCUCACCCCAUAUGCAAGUCACAUAAGUCAUUUAAUUAGAAAGUAAAUCUUAGGAGCAGCCUAGUAGACAGAUUUUUGCAGAAUAGAAGUGAAAGGCUCCAACCCUGGAAGCUCUGUAGUAUGGGAAU